AUGAUCUUGCCCAUCACUAGUGCCAAUCGCCAAGUAGCUGGUUUUGCUGUAGCUACUGUGGCAUGGAUCCUCUCCAGCAUUUCCAUGGGCCUCGUGGAGUGGCGAGUAUGGUACAUGGACAACCCAUCACUCUCCUAUUCUGGCAUAGCCAUGGUAGGAAUGUGGAGAGUCUGCGUUUACCACCAUGACAACAACUCCAGCAAGGUCAAAAUGUGCCACCAAUAUACCUACUAUGAUACUUUUCUCCCUCCUGAUAUUCGUGUUAGUCAACACCUGCUGCUGUCCACAAACAUUCUUGGGCUCUUUGGGAGAGCCUUAGUCAUCUUGGCACUUAAGAAUGUCUAUCUGGGGAUUCUUCAGAAGAAUGUCACCUACAAUCUAUUUGUCAUUUCAGGAAUCCUGAACAUCACUGCUAGUGGAUGUGUCUCCAUUGCUGUGCUCUGGAAUUACUACUCCAUCACAAACAUGGAGGGGAUUGACUUUACUCCAUAUUUCCAUGUUCCCUUCAAACCAAAUAGUCAGGAAUUUGGGAGUGCCACUCUAGUGGCAACUCUAGCUGCCUUCUUAUUUUUAUUAAGUGGCACAACUUUUCUGUCUUACAGUUUUCCCCCAGACAUCCAAGUGCACCCUGAUGUUUGA